GGUUGCUCGAUGCAUUAACUUACGUAUCUGGUUUAUCUGGAUCUGGCUGGUGAGAUUUCGCGAAAAAGAAUAUUUUAGUGUACUCAGCUCGAUGUUAUAUGAACUAGCAUCCGAGAUAACACGAUUCGUUUAAAAUUUAAACUUUAAAUGCAUGAAUGAUUGACAUUUAUACUCAUUCUUGCUUGCCUGGUCGGUAACGACAGUCGUUAAACAGGAGUGUUGCAUUUCAGCUCGCUUAUGAGUUACGACAAACGGUAUAAUGGGGUAUCUAAGCAGCGCUUACGGUCGCGAAGGAAUGAACGUCGAUAAUCAGCUAAAAUUCCACGAAGAACUGAGAGAGUCAAUGAGUCAUAGUCUCUACAAAUUUUUUAUCGAUGCUGCGCACAUAGGGCUUUACCACUCAGAAUAUUCCUCUUUGAAACACAAGUAUGGCGAACCAACCACUUUUGUUGAUUUCUUUGGCUACACUCUUGGAAAAGCUCUUCUAACCAGAAAGAAUAUUGAUAAAAAGCUUUCUGAUCUACAAUCCUAUGUUAAGGAUGGGGAAGUCCCUUAUCCGAUAAUAGUGGCAACCAGCUUGAAAGAUGGAAAACCUGCAAAUGAAUUUUAUGCAUAUAUGGAGAACACACCUCAUGCUGUCAGCUUUCCUGGUUAUAACAUAGAAAGUGAACCACAGAAGUGUGGCUCCCUGUGGGACCAAGGUUUUGUGCUCAGGGAAUCUCCAGAGUUACCCCUUCAUUUCUACAUGGGGUGUACUGGAUGCGCAUUUUCAAUCUUGCUAAACAGUUUGAUCAAAAAUGGUGGAGAGACAAGCAAACAUUUUCUUUUAAAGGAAGAAGAAGACAAGGAGAAAGCAGGUGACAACACUGAUGGGUUGAUGGACUUCUUGUUGUAUCCUUAUAAACUGUGGAAGGAUAUUAGAGAUUACAACAUUCUUAAUCAUCGAAAUGCUGUGAUCGAACGAACUGGAAAAAUGUUAAACUUUGUAAAAAAUCUUGGAAAUCUUGAGCUACAUAGGCUAGGACAAGCAGAAAUGAAAGAUGUAAGACAAGCUGAGGUGGCCGAGAAUUUAAGUACAAACUUUAUUGGUGGAACUAUUUGUACUGAUAAUGAUGUCAUAGAUAUAUGUGAUGCAGGCAUUGUACAAAACGUAUGCACCAAUGCUGUUAUGGAUGAUAGAAGAACCCCAGACCUUGUACUCGUAAUGGAUUUCAAUGCUUACGAAUCAGAUGAGGAAUUUGAUUACAUGCCUUUGUUAUUAGCAUGGGCAAGAUCUGGAAUUGAUGGUGUGAGAUUUCCUCCAGUUAACAGUGAAGCUUUAGCCACCAAGGAACCUCAAGAAUUGUUGAUAUUUGAAAGUGAUGGCGAUGAUUGCCCAACUGUUAUGUGGUUUACACUUUGUAAUAAGGAGUUUCGUAAAUUAAGAAAUUAUGAACCUAAAUCAACUCAGGAUCCCCCAGACAGCAGAUGGUUCAAUGAUUUCCCCGUCUUUGGUGAGGGUACUUCAUUCAAAACAAUCAACUUUUCCAACACACCUUACCAGUUUGAUCAACUACGUGAGCUCAUGUAUUACAACGUCAGUAAGAAUAUAGAUAAAAUAAAGGAUCAGAUUGUAAAAGCCAUUAAAAGAAAGACAAGAAGAUUGGCAAACUCUUAAUUUGACAAACGAUUUAUUUUAUAAAUCAUUAAUUUUAUGUUUUUAUAUAGGUAUUGUUAUAUUUGUCAAUGCACUUGUCAUAUUUUAUAUUGUAUGAUUAUAAUAUAAGUGUGAAUCUGUGUGAAGAUAUAGUAUACCCUUUUGUGUGAAGAUAUAAUAUACCCUUUGACAUUUUAUUUUGCUGUAGGCCCACAUGUUCCUUUCACAACAAUCAACACAAGUGAUUCUGUUUGUUAAUUUACAAGUUGUAAUGAAUUAUUAUGCGUAAUAUUACCUAACAUUCCAGUAUUACACGAUUCAGUGUGUUUGGAAAAGAACAAUUUGCUCUAUUCAUGAGUAUUAAAAUGGCUUUUUUAUGUCGA